CGCCCGCGCUCCGGUGCCGCCGCCGCCGCCGAGGGACGGCCGGAGGGACAUCCCGAGGCACAGCCGGACAGCGCCGGGGUCGGGGCCGGGCCCCCUGCCCGCCCGCGCCCGGGCGAUGGUGCCGGCGCCCGGGAGCGCCCUGCUCGCCGCGCUGCUCGCCGCCGGGCUGGCCACCGGGCUGGCCACCGGGCUGGCCACCGGGCUGACCACCGCGGGCAGCUUGAGAGCUCGUGGGCAGCUGGGGGCUGUGAGCCAGCCUGGGGUGUGUCGCUAUGGUUCCAGGUUGGAUUGCUGUCCUGGCUGGAGAAAGAACAAGGGCCACUGCGAAGCUACCUGUGGACAUGGUUGCAAGUAUGGCGAGUGCAUGGGACCAAACAAAUGCAAAUGUUUCCCUGGAUUUACAGGGAAAACCUGUAAUCAAGAUCUGAAUGAGUGUGGACUGAAGCCACGUCCCUGUGAGCACAGAUGUAUGAACACACAUGGCAGCUACAAGUGCUAUUGUCUCAACGGGUACAUGCUCAUGCCAGAUGGCACAUGUGCAAGUUCUAGGACAUGUGCCAUGGUGAAUUGCCAAUAUGGAUGUGAAGAAGUCAAAGGGCAGGUGCAGUGUCUCUGUCCAUCAGGGGGCCUUCAGCUGGGACCAAAUGGAAGGACAUGCAUUGACAUUGAUGAGUGCUCCACUGGCAAAGCUGUCUGCUCAUACGACCGCAGAUGUGUCAACACGUUUGGAAGCUUCUACUGCAAGUGCCAGCUGGGUUAUGAACUAAAAUACACCAGCAGUCGCUACAACUGUGUAGAUGUAAAUGAAUGUGUGACAAAUACACACAGGUGCAGCCUCCAUGCAGAAUGCCUCAACACCCAAGGAUCCUUCCAGUGCAAAUGUAAACAGGGCUACCAAGGAAGUGGAUUUGACUGUGCUGUUAUCCCUCAAAAAGCAGUGAAGGAAAUUGCAAGAAGCCCUGGAACAGCUAAGGACACAAUUAAGAAACUUCUUGCACAUAAAAGCAGUGUGAAAAAGCAUAAAACAGUCAAGAAUGCAAUCCCAGAAGCAGCAGAGACACCACCUUCUAAGACCCACUUGCAGUUGCUGGACUAUGAAGGUGGUAUUGAUCUUGGUGGGAGCUACAGCGAGGAAGAGAAAGAAAUUGCAGCUGCUGCAGAAGUGGAGGCAGAAGAGUCAGACGAAGAAGAGAAAGAAGAUUUUGAAAACCAAAUUGAUGAGCGAAGCCUUAGAGGAGAUGUCUUUUUUGAUUGCAGCUUCGGUCGAGGGGUGUGUGACUGGAAACAAGAUGCUGAUGAUGACUUUGACUGGAAUCCUGCUGAUCGAGAUAGAGGUGAUGGCUACUACAUGGCAGUUCCAGCUUUUGUGGGGCACAAGAAUGAUAUGGGGCGUCUAAAACUUCUCCUCACUGACCUCAAACCAAAGAGCAGCUACUGCUUGAUUUUCAGUUAUCGGCUUGCUGGUGAGAAAGUGGGAAAACUUCGAGUGUUCCUGGCAAACAAAAAAACUGCUCCAGUCUGGGAAGAGAACAAAGGAAAAGAUGAAAAGUGGAGAACUGGAAAAAUAGAGAUAUUUCAGGGGGCUGAAACAACCAACAGUGUCACUUUUGAAUCUGAACGUGGGAAGGGUAAAACUGGAGAAAUUGGAGUGGACAAUGUUAUAUUAAUUUCUGGUCUAUGCCCAGAAGAUACCUGAUAAUGGACAUUUGAGUAAAUCAGAUUGAAUCCCAUUUUUCACAUUUGCCUUAUUAGUAGUGUAUUUUUGUAUUAUUUUCUCCAUAGAAAACCCCAAAACUAUAAAAUUGUGCCUUGAAUCUAAUGCAACAAUGCAAACAGAAAACUGAUGUGCAAGAUGCAGGUUACACUUUUUUAUGAGUUCUUCUAAUUUUAAUACAUGCAUUGAGUGUAAUACUACUGUAUUUUAUAAUUCAAGGUCAGGGUUUCUGAAAUAUUAUUUGUCUAGCUUCUUUUACAAAUUCUACAUGCUUUUAUUUCUUAAAAAUCUUCUUGAGUCUAUUCAUUAGUCUUCUAUUUAGUUUCUUCUACUCCAUAAGAACAUAAUGCAAUGUUUAAGAGAAUGUUACUACUUCUGGUGACAUAAUUAACUUCUUAGUGGGUAUGUUGUUCCAAAAAUUAAAUCCAUCACCCUGUGUGCAGGAAGGCAAUCACACACAGAGCCAAGAUGUUUGUUUAUUUAAAUAUGUGUGCAAAGAUGGGUGCUAGGUAAAUCCACAAAGCCAGCACACCAAGCAGAAAUGAUGACCACUAUUUAUAUGCUGUUAAUCUUGAUAUAUUCCACUUAUCUAGUAUAUAUUCAGUGUUUACUACUCUAUUAUUGCUGAGUUGUGCUGAGCUGGCUUUGUUAAUUUCUUCUUAUCUUCGACAUCCUGCAGUAGCACACCCUUCCUCCCAAAUUUUGUUACCCCUCUGGGUCUGUGACCUUUGAAGCACAUCAAGCCCUAAAUUUUUAUAAAGUAAAUCUAUUGACAAAUAAUUUAUCUUAGACAUGAGGUAAAUAUUCAGUCUAUUGAACAAGUAGGAAGAAAGUGAAGACCUUCAUUUGGUGGAGCUUAGCAAGUUGUAAGUGGAUUCAUGUCUUUGAAGAAUAUUUUCAUUACCA